AUGAAGAUGUCUGUAGUGCGAAGAUCUGUAGGUGCAAAUUUUAAUGACAUGAGACUAAAACCAUUGCAAAUAUCCAUACGACAGAUAAGAAAUGCUGCCAGAAACCCCGUAGACUUGAAACAAGGCUUAGCUAGUGCUAUAGGGAAAGACUCUAAAAAGGAAGAAAUCCUCAGUAUCAUCAAAAAUAGAAGGAAAACCCGAACAGUAGAAGCAUAUGUUGAUCUUGAAAACAUUAAACUUGACUUAUCAGUUCCUAAUAAUAAACUAGUGGAGAUGAUUACCGCCAACUGUCAAGCUAGAAUGCUUCAUAGAUUCAUUGAACCUAAUGAAUUGUGGUCAAAGAACUUGUUUAAACUCAAAAUUUCUAAUGAAGAUAUCAGCGAACAGAUUGAAGAAUCAUUCAAAAACGGUACUAUUUCAAGUAUUGAUUUCGGUAAGCCCGUUAGUAUUGGAGAUUUGGUCAUAUUAACACAGGGUAGUACGGAAUUCUAUAUAGUAGUGGGAGUUCCUCAAGAUAUUGGUCUGAAUAGUUAUACGUAUAUUAAUUCUAAAGGAAGAAUAGUGUUUGGAUCCAAAGGACUGAUUAAAUUCAGAAUUCCUUCAGUAUUCCCUGAAAAAGUCAAUGAUGUUCUAGCCAGUUUGGUUCUUAUUGAAGAUAAAGUCAGUGGUAUUGCUCCCAUUGGUAUAAGUGAUGAAGAUCUAACCACCUCCAAACCGAAUAGUGAAUCGAAACAGAUCCAGUCUAUUGAGUUUUCCGAUGACGACUUAUUACUGGCUCAUGCAUCUCCUAAAUUAUUAAAGGAUACUGAUAUCAACACAUACAUUGUACCUCCUAAAGCCAGGCAAAUAUAUUGUAAGCCAUUAACAAAAUUAAGUAUAGAUAGUAUGGAGCAGUAUCAGGAGCUCAGUGGGAAAUUGGAAAUGUUACACAGAUUACUACAAUAUGAUGAAAUGGGUGACGUUAUAACACAAAGUCGAACCGUCUCCAUAUUCAAAAUCAUGUAUAUGCUUGAAACUUUCGAUAUUGAUAACACCAAAGUAUCAUUAACUCGAUGGAAACAACAAAUCCAGAGUUUGUACGGGAAAGGGUCCAGUAAAUUAGGAAAGCAAAUCACUUCCAUAGACUGUGAAGAGAGAAAGACUCCAAUUAAUUCUUAUUUUGCAACUGUUUUAGCUCUCCGAAAACAAGACAAAUUAUGGAAGUUAGUAGAACAGAAUUCCAUCAACCCUGUUAACAGUAUCAUAAUUUUACCUUUACAAGACAUAGCUCAAAGAGAUCAAUUAGCCAAAUAUUUGAAGUUGGAUAGUAAGAUUAUUGUUGAUCAUAUUGUUGGUACUAUUCAAGGAGAAUCGAGAAAAUUGACUAUCAAGCAAUAUGAUUACUACGUGUGCACUAUCAAUCUUAUCAAAGACUUUGUUGUUGGAAAUAUAGAUGAUUUGGAAAUGGUUUCUAAAGUAGCAAGGAUUAUUAGAGAAAUUGAGGUUCAUAUAGACUUACCAGGGAAUUUUGCUUAUGAUUAUGGCCGGUCAAAGGCUUUCGAAAUAUUGAAGAAACUUGGAGAAGUUGGUGAAGGUGAAGAAUUCAUCCACUGGUCAUGGGGUCUUGAUACUGAAAAGUUACCCUUAGAAGAGGAAUAUUUCAAAUAUUUGGAAGUAACUGACCAAGGGAAUAUGAAAGCUGAGGAUUUGAAAUCAAUCGACUUAUCAAAUUUUCAAGAAGAUUUAGGUGAAAUUGAAUUCAAGCAGAAUGACUUUUAUGAAGAUCCUAUGGAACAUAUUCGUCAACCAUUCAAUCAACCAAUUUUCUGUAUUGAUUCUCCUGAUGCUCAUGAAAUUGAUGAUGGAAUAAGUAUAGUAAGUAAUGACGAUACUUAUACUAUAGGAAUCCACAUAGCCAACCCUUCAUCUUUGAUCGAUCCUUAUUCUACUACGAGUCAAAUAGCUUUCCGUAAAGGUACAACGACAUACUUACCUUCAGGUCCAAUCAGAAUGGUCCCAGAAUAUAUCAGUGACAUGUCUGGUUUAGGUAAUGGAGAAGCUAAAACUUUCACUAUUGAAUUUGAUAUCCCCAAAGACUUGCAGAACAUAAAACAAAUGAUUAACGAAACCAAAAGAAUCAAGUUCUAUAAUGCUACCAAUUUCCCCAAAGGUUAUACUUAUGAGCGAGUCAAUGAUAUAAUCAACGGGGACCAAGAUAUCUUCAGUCAAGAAAUCAAUGGCCUUUUCAAGAUAUCUGAAAUAUUCAAGACAUCAAGAUUACAAUCAGGAGGCAUUGAAUUGAAUAGAAAUAAUCAAGUUAUGAAAAUCACUAAAACAAAUUCGCCUGAUGGUUUUGACGAAUUAGCUAAUGGAUACGAAGUAAUAAGCCACGGAAACAAGAUCUCCCUUAUAGAAGAACAAUUCAAUAAAUCAACUACUUUAGUUACUGAAUUCAUGAUCAUGGGGAACCAUGUUACCAGUUUGAUUGCUGAAGAAAGGGGAAUUCCUGUUAUUUUCCGGAACCAACGUUUGAACGUCUCUGAUGAGAUGCAUGAUAAAAUGAAGAAUCCUCAAACAUAUCAAGAUGAAUUGAACAUUUUCCAACAUAUGACCCCUGCAUCAUUGUCAAUGAUUAACAAAGGCCAUCAAAUGUUAGGAUUAUCAGGAUAUUGUCAAAUUACCUCACCAUUACGGAGAUAUAGCGAUUUGGUCAACCAAUGGAAUUUUCAAAAUUAUUUUUUGAGCCGUCCUAUGAUAAAAAUAUCACCUAUUAUCAAUCAUCUCAUUGGAAGAGAUGUUAUCAAUAGACAAAUUUCAGUUUUUUGUCAAAGAUACUGGAGUGGUGAAAUAUUGAAAUAUCAAAAGGAUAUGAAAUUUAAAGUUUUUGUAAAGAAAUUUUUCAAUGAUAAUUACAAAGUUGAUUUGAUUGGAUUUAGGUUCAAUACCUUGUUGAAUAGUGACAAUAAAUUAGAGUUCAAGCUAUUAGAAAAGCAAUUAGAGUUUGAUCAAAUUGAUAUCUUUGAAAAUGAAGUAAUAGCCCGAAUCAAGAAAAGUAGUGCAAUGUAA